AAACAAAAAAAUGUUUAUCUCAUAAAGGUUAUGAUUCUAAAAAAAUUAUCUUAUUCUAUUAUCGAUUUAAUAUGUUAUUGUAGGAAAAAGUACAAGUAUUAUAUGACAUUAAAUUAACAACCGAAAAGGAGUUAUUUGUACUAAAAAUGAAAAAGUUGUGUAUUUAUUAAAUCUAAAAGUUCAAAAGACAGGUACUUGGCCCGAGCUAAGAGUUCAGGGGUCAAUUGCAAAUACCUUCUUAAGUAAACUAAAAGGUCCCUUCGCAAAAUUACUCCUUUUAAACGAAAUCGUUUCCGUUACGAGAUGCUAGAAAAAUAAAACAUAAACGGUGGCGCAUCAAAAGAUACGACGACGUGGGAAAGUGAGUUGGCAACGCAGAAGAUUCCCUCUAAAACUAAAAAGUUUGGGCGGGAAAUCUGAGCUGCAACUAAAGAUAGGAGUGAAGUGAAGCCCUCAAAAAAAGGAAAAAAAAAAAAAAGGAGAAGAGGAAUGGGGCCAAGAAAGAAAUUGAAGUACUCUUCUCCGUCAUCGUCAUCAUCAUCUGCGACGAAGAAAUCAAACUCAAAUCAACAACAGCCUAGCAAGUAUGGGAUCCAACAUUUCUUCCAGCGCCAAACCCAAGUCUCACAAAAUCCUAAAGGAACUCCCACAAGCAAUGGAAAUGUCGAACCCGAUUCUGCUACUCGUGCUUCUGUCUUCCCAAAUCCUAAACCUCCAAUUACCAUUGAUGGACCUAGUUCACCAAUCGCUCUUCCCAAUACUCGAAAUCACAGGGAUAAUCCAGACUACAUCUCCCCUGAAAUUUCAAAAUCCCUUCCUCUAGACCUCCGCCGCUUCAAAUUCUCUCCUGGAAUGUUAAUAAAGCAGAGCCAAGAUGAUGGCGGCGAUGAGAUCACCUGGAAGAUUUCUCCAGUUAACCAAAGACUUGAAGCUGUUUCCAAGCACAUUCCUUCUCUUAUCAAACCAUUCCCAGAUUCCUUACCCAUGCGCCCCUGCUCUUUCAACCUCCAGACUUCUCUUGACAAGAAGGUCUCCUCACCAACACAGAUACAGGAAGUCGCUGCAAAUAGACUUGCAUUAAGUACAUUUCAGGACAAGCCCUCCCAUGCUACUCCCCACACUCCUUUCAGAACUCCACCCUCUCUUUCAUAUUCCCACCACUCUCUUGCUAAUGAUGCUGAAUGCAAUGGAGUACUACUAGAUCAACCAACUCUAAGGCAGCACAAAAAGGCAUUGCUUGAACUAUUAGAUCAAGUUGAAGAUGUCAUUUGUGUUGAAGAUUCUGAAUCCAGCGCCAACACUGCACUUUCAUCUCAACUUCGAUAUGAAAAUGCUAAUCAGAUGCCUCCCAAACUUGAUCCUGUGUUACAAAGAGAAGCACCAGCUUCACCAAAAAGAUUCACUAUGGAUCAUCAUUUUCUUGUAUUGGAGGUAUCUGAGAAGUACAGGCCUGCUGACCCCUUUGGUGCUUCUUCCCCAUAUAAGGUUCUUCGCUUGCUGAAUGAGCAGAAUGGAGAAGAACGAUCUGUCUGCCUGCUUGAGGAGUGGUAUUACAGUGUCAUUGCUCCUGGAGAUACUGUAAAUGUGAUUGGUGAGUUUGAUGACCAAGGGAGAUGUGAUGUGGACCAUGACAAUAAUCUUUUGAUUGUUCAUCCUCACAUUCUAGUCUCUGGAACUCGGGUUGCUGCAAGUUUCAGCUGUCCAAGACGUACUGUACUAGAUGAGAGGAUAAAAUGCCAUGAGCAUUCAGAAGCAGCAUUAAUUGGUACCAUGCUGCACCAAAUUUUUCAGGCUGGGCUUAUGAAUGAAAGUCCUACUAUUAACUUCUUGGAAGGAUAUAUGAGAACAGUUCUCCAGAAAAAUAUUGAGAGCUUGUAUGCAUGUGGAGUCACUGAAAACGAUAUGCUGAAGACCUUGAUUGAGGCUAUUCCAAAAAUAUUAGAUUGGAUUGUCCUAUUCAAACAGGAUUCAAAAGCUGCCAUUGUUAAUUUUGGUUCUGAUGAUGGUCUGCAAAAGCUAAAGAUAUCUGAGGUCAUUGAUAUAGAGGAAAUGGCAUGGGCGCCAAAAUACGGGUUGAAAGGAAUAAUUGAUGCUUCUAUCAGAGUAAAAGUAGAGUCAAAUGGAAAUGAAACAGAUGAGAAGAUUGUGCCGCUAGAGUUCAAAACUGGGAAAGUUCCUAAUGGACAGUCUUCUACGGAACAUCGUGCUCAAGUCAUCUUGUACACACUCCUUAUGUCCGAAAGGUACCUAAAGCAUAUUGAUUCUGGUGUUUUAUAUUAUCUCCGGUCAGAUCAGACACAGGGAAUUAUGGUACGGAGGUCUGAUGUCGUUGGGCUAAUAAUGCGUCGUAAUGAGCUAGCAAACGACUUUCUCAAGGCAUCACAAAUACAGCAACUGCCCCCAAUGCUACAGAGUCCAAGCAUGUGCAGAAGUUGCCGCCAUCUUGAUGUUUGUACCAUCUAUCAUAAGGCGCAUGGUGGAAGCACAGAAAGUAGUGGGCUGGGUGAUGUGUUUGAUUCACACGUUGACCAUAUAACACCUGCUCAUUGUGUUUUCUUCAGACAUUGGGAUCGGUUGAUUGAUUUAGAAGGUAAAGAGACACAGCUUGUAAAAGAUGAAAUCUGGCGUUCACAUCGUAUGAAGAGUGAUCAUUCCACUAGCUUCCUUUCUUCUAUUGUUCUUGAUCCUUCAAAUGGGCUUUCACAUCAGAAGUCUCUCAAUGACAACCGUUUCAUCUAUCGUUUUGUCCCUCGGAAAUUGGCCUCCCGUAAUGUCUAUGCAUCUAAUGAAGAUUCUUGUGCUCCGUCCUCUCCCAUGAAUGAUUUCAAUUGUACACUUAAAAUUGGAGAUUAUGUGAUUCUUAGUACUGAAUCUGGUCAUCAGACUGUUGCAAGUGGAGUUCUAACAGAUAUUAGCCAUUUCCAUGUUUCAGUUUCUUUCUCUAAGCACUUGAGACUUCCUGGCAGCAAUUCUUUUUCGGAAGUAAAUGAUCUCCUUCAGGAGGUCUGGAGGAUUGAUAAGGAUGAAGCCAUGACUUCAUUUUCAGUUAUGCGGUUCAACCUCGCACAACUGUUUCUACAGAGUGAACAAGGCUCUCAACUUAGGAAGAUGAUUGUGGACCUUGAGGCUCCUAGAUUUGAUAGUGGGUGUAUAUUUAGCCAAGAUCCAGCAAUUUCUUAUGUCUGGUCAGUGAAGAGUUUAAAUGGUGAUCAGCGGCGAGCAAUUCUGAAGAUACUUACAGCCAAGGAUUAUGCACUAAUACUAGGAAUGCCAGGGACAGGCAAGACAUCCACCAUGGUUUAUGCUGUUAAGGCCCUGUUGAUGAGAGGUGCAUCUAUCUUGCUUACAUCCUACACAAACUCAGCUGUUGAUAAUUUGCUAAUAAAAUUAAAAGCUCAGGGUAUUGAUUUCCUACGUAUUGGAAGAACUGAAGCUGUUCAUGACGAAGUUAGGACCAAUUGCUUUUCAACAAUGAAUGUACAGAAUGUAGCAGAAAUUAGACGAAGGAUGGACCAGGUUAAGGUUGUUGCAGUAACUUGUUUGGGAGUUACUAGUCCCUUGCUUGCAAACAAGAAAUUUGAUGUAUGCAUCAUGGAUGAAGCUGGACAGAUCACCCUCCCAAUAUCUCUUGGACCUUUGAUGUUUACUUCAAAAUUUGUUCUUGUUGGUGAUCACUAUCAACUGCCUCCACUUGUCCAGAGUACAGAGGCUCAAGAAAAUGGAAUGGGGAUAAGUUUGUUUUGCAGGCUCUCGGAAGCACAUCCUCAGGCAAUUUCAGCUUUGCAAAGCCAGUACCGUAUGUGUCAAGGCAUUAUGGAGCUAUCAAAUUCCUUGAUAUAUGGUGACAGAUUGCGUUGUGGUUCUUCGGAAAUUGCAAAUGCCAAACUUAAAUUUUCGAGUUUAAAAUCUUGUUCGUCAUGGUUAAGGGAGAUUCUGGAUCCAAGCCGAUCUGUUGUAUUUAUAAACACAGAUAUGCUGCCUGCUUUUGAGGCAAAAGACUCCAAGGCUGUGAAUAACCCAACGGAAGCUUACAUAGUUGCGGAGGUGACGAAGGAAUUAAUCAAGAGCGGGAUUCAAGGCGAAGAUAUUGGGAUCAUUACCCCCUAUAAUUCUCAGGCAAAUCUCAUUCGAACUGCUGUUGGCACAAUCUCUGUGGAGAUGCAUACCAUUGAUAAGUACCAGGGAAGAGACAAGGAUUGCAUACUGGUGUCAUUUGUGAGGUCUAGUGAGAAUCCUAGAAAUUGUAAAUCCUCACUGCUCGGAGACUGGCACAGGAUUAACGUGGCACUUACACGUGCAAAGAAAAAGAUGAUAAUGGUGGGGUCGUGCAAAACCCUCUCGAGUGUGCCGCUGCUGAAGCUGAUGAUGGGGAAGAUUGAAGAGCAAUCUGGGAUGUUGAAUCUGUCCAGGAAGGAUAUCAAGCUGGAAGAUCAUGACCAUAAAACAAAAACAUCCUGUAAUGUCUUCUAACUUGCAAGAGUAAAUGGAAAAUGUUUGGCUUGUUUAUAACUUAAUUUAAGAAUUCUUUUGUUAAAUGUUAGGUGAAUAAAAUGAAGUGUGCCUACUUACUGGAAUAAGAAUUUAAGAAGUCAAAAAAGAAAGAAAGGCUAGUGGUAA